UAAAUGGAGAACUGCGAUGAACAGUGGCCAGAGGGCCAGCGCCCCCUUGAGGCACCAGGAGUCGGCGCUGCUGCCGGAUCUGUGGAAGAGUGCACGGUUCUGUACUCUGACGCCGAGGACGACCCGUCGCUCCUGACCGACAACGGCGGCGGCGCCCGGGCCCCUUUCCACUGCUCCGAGUGCGACAAGAGCUUCCGCUACCGCUCCGACCUGCGGCGCCACUUCGCCCGGCACACGGAGCUGAAGCCUUUCCAGUGCCCUCACUGUGUCAAGAGCUUCAAGCAUUCCUUCAACCUGGUGAACCACAUCCGGAGCCACACCGGGGAGCGCCCCUACCGCUGCACCAUGUGCCCGAAAGGCUUCCGGGACUCCACGGGUCUCCUCCACCACCAGGUGGUGCACACCGGGGAGAAGCCGUACUGUUGCCACGUCUGCGAGCUGCGCUUCUCCUCCCGCAGCAGCCUGGGCCGGCACCUUAAGCGGCAGCACCGGGCUUCCCCGGCCGCCACAGCUCCUCAGCCACCCACUCCACGCUGCCUAGCCUGCGGCAAAGAGCAGAGCCCCCUGGGACACCUCUGCAGCGCCGGGCGAGGUCGGGCUGCCCCCUUUGGCUGCGGGGCCUGCGGGCGGCACUUCCAGUUGGCCUCUGAACUGCGACGCCAUUGGCUGGCUCAUACAGACAUCAAGCCCUUUAAAUGCCCAGAGUGCGAGCGGGACUUCAACGCCGCGUCCUUGUUAGAGCGCCACAAGCUCACUCAUGCCAAGGACAGGCCGCCCGCUUGCCAAGUCUGUGCCGGCAAGGUCCAGGAGGGCAACAAGGAGCUAGAACUGGAAAGCCUGGAAGAGGAGCCGAAAGAGAGGGAGCCAGAGGGAGGGGUCCUGCAGCAUAGUCGAGGUUGCCCGAACCGCCACUCACCGGACACCCGGCCCCCGGAGACCUUGUACCAGUGUGAAUGCGGGACCUUUUUUGCCAACGGCAACACCCUCGCCGCUCAUUUGACUGCCCAUGGGGGCGAGCCCUCCUUCAGCUGCGGCAUUUGUGGCCAGCCCUUCGUGAAUUUACAGUCUCUGGAGGAGCACCAGCUGAGCCACGCCGUGGCCACGGCCCCGACCCCCGGCUCGGGCAGCGAGCUGGAGCGCCAUCUUCUGCCCCAGCUGGACCUCCGAACGUUCCCAGCGCGGCCGGGCAAGAAACUCUACAAAUGCAGCGAGUGUGAGAAAUACUUCCGCAGCCCUCGGGACCUGGACCGGCACGUCUUGGUGCACACCGGCGAGAAGCCCUACCAGUGCACCGAGUGUGGGAAGUUCUUCCGGCACGAAUGCUACCUGAAACGGCACCGGCUAUUGCACAGUGGCGAGCGGCCUUUCAAGUGCACCGUCUGCCACAAAGGCUUCAUCACCCUGAGCAACCUCUCGCGGCACCUUAAGCUGCACCGGGGGAUCGACUAGC